GGAAGCAGCCGAGGCAGCGAGCUCCUUGAUAAGCAGCUUCCUGAACACUUUCAAACCCUAGUGCUAGACCCACGCAUGCAUCACUUACCACCCUAGUGCCGGGGUGCUAUGGCGACUGGCCAGCUCAGGGCACCAGAUGCCUUCACCCUGAUGGCUCUCUGAUCCCCUUGGAGCCUCAGGCCACCCACUGACACCCUCUCUACCUCAGUGCAAGGGCUCUAUCUCUGGCACAGCAUGGUACAGGCCUGCUCGGCAUGCUCCAGAGUUCAUAGCACAAACCAGCCAGGCCGGGCAGCCAGGGGAGCGAUGGACAAAGCUGGCACUCCCAGCUCCUCUGCCAAGAAGCAUGUGCGUCUCCAGGAGAGGAGAGGCUCCAAUGUGUCGCUGAUGCUGGACAUGAGCUCGCUGGGGAGCGUGGAGCCAAUCCAACGGGUCUGCACCCCACGGGACAUCACGCUGCGGUUCCUGAGGACGUCCAGCCACAUUCUGACCAAAGAGGAGCUCCCACAUCAAGCCAAGAACCUCACACAGCUCCAGGAGGAGUUCUCGAAAAUCCCACCCAACUUUGUCAACCCAGAAGAGUUAGACAUCCCCGGACGAGCCUCAAAGGACAGAUACAAAACCAUCCUGCCUAACCCCCAGAGCCGUGUCUGCCUCAGGAGAGCUGGAAGCCAAGAAGAUGAGACCUAUAUCAAUGCCAACUACAUCACAGGCUACGCGGGACGUGAGAGAGAGUACAUUGCCACGCAGGGGCCGAUGCUUAACACAGUGGUUGACUUCUGGGAGAUGGUGUGGCAGGAAGGCGUGCCGCUUAUUGUCAUGAUCACCAAGCUGAAGGAAGGCAAAGAGAAAUGCGUCCACUACUGGCCUGAGAAAGAAGCAACCUACGGCCCCUUCACCAUCCAUGUCAGAGGGGUGAGCGAGCGCACAGAGUACGUGGUCCGGAACCUCUCAAUUCAGCUAAAAGAUGAAUGUCGCCAUGUCAAGCACAUCUCCUUCCCCUCCUGGCCGGACCAGCAGACCCCCGAGUCUGCCAAGCCCCUGCUGCACUUGGUGUCAGAGGUAGAAGAGAUCCAGAAGGCUGCAGCCCCCCCGGGGCCCAUUGUUGUCCACUGCAGUGCAGGGAUUGGCCGGACAGGCUGCUUUAUUGCUACCAGGAUCGGAUGCCAACAGCUGAAGGACAAAGGAGAGGUGGACAUCCUGGGAAUAGUGUGCCAACUACGCAUAGAUAGAGGAGGAAUGAUUCAGACCAGUGAGCAAUACCAGUUCCUCCAUCAUACACUGGCUCUGUAUGCUUUGCAACUCCCUGAGACAACUGGCCCAUAAUCCUGGCCUGCAGCUAGGCUCCAAAGUCACCAUCGCACUCUGAGGUCACCAGCAGCAAACCCAAUGGCAAUAACAGUAGGAGAAGAAAGCCAUGGUUCUCUUCUGCUCACACCAUGCCACUACGGCAGCAUCAUGAAAGGAACUUUAUUUCCCAUGACGAAAAUGGCCGUAACCAAAUCAUCCUGAAUCUGAUUGCUUAAUUUCCUAGUAGCAUCUUGUAGUUGGUGUUUUAAACUACAGCUGAAGAUAAAUGUCCAACAAACAAUGAUGCUGUAAUAGGUUGGCUUGGCAACAGGUUUGGACAAGAAAAGGAGACACUGGUGGAUUUUGGAGGCACCUUUUGCAAUGAGUUUAAGUUAGAUUUCACUGGCAGAAGUGAGCUUUUUGCUUUUUUUUAACACAUAAUGUUUUA